AUGUCAUCGAGUAAGCAGAGAGUGCAACAAGUACGGAGUGCCACGUUACCGUCUAAAACUACUCCGGAACAAAGAUACUGGCGAGGGUUUUCCAAUCCCCAGUUAGUCAAAGAAAACUAUCCUAUAACGCAUAUUUCCUUUAACCCUGUAUCACCCCAUGAUUUUGCAGUGACUUCUUCUACGAGAAUACAAGUGUUCUCGGCUAAGACUAGGCAGGUGGUGAAAACAUUUCUGAGAUUCAAGGAUACCGUAUACAGCGGAGAAUACAGAUUUGAUGGGAAGUUACUUGUGGCCAGUGAUGCCUCAGGAUUAGUCAGUAUCUUUGAUAGCACACAGAGAAAUCUUUUGGUCAGUUUAAACCCAUCUACAUACCCUACGCACGUUGCCAAGUUUCAUUCAACCAUUGGGAAUCAAUUGAUAACUGGUUCUGAUGAUCGUGUUCUUCGAUUGUAUGACAUUUCUCAAACUACGCAAGGUCCUAUUACUGAGUUUACUGGAGGUCAUGGUGAUUAUAUAAGAAGUGCUAGUUUCAUACCUGGCAAUCCUAAUUUGGUAGCCACUGGUUGUUACGAUGGUAUUGUUCGAGUAUUUGAUACCAGGCAACAAACAUGUGUGAGCAAAUUUAUUCAUGAUUCUCCAGUUGAAGAUGUCUUAGCCCUUUCUCCCACCACAUUGGUAAGUGCUGGGGGUCCUCAAGUUAAAGUAUGGGAUUUGACAAGAAGUACCCAAAUUCAUGAAUUAAAUAACUUUACCAAAGCUGCCACAUCAUUACAUAACACUGGAGAUAAAGGUCUUAUGGUGGGUUCUUUAGAUGGACAUGUUAAAAUAUUCGACUAUACCACAUCCAAUUGGGAAGUUAAAUUUGGUUGGAAGUUUGGUUCUGGUGGUGUUUUACUGUGUGGAGUUUCUCCUGAAAACCAUAAGCAUUUUGUAUGUGGGUUGACUUCCGGGUUGGUUUCUAUUCGUACCAGAAAGACGGAACCAAAAGUCAAACAAGGCAUUAAAGAAGUUAAAUCAAAUGCUUAUGCUAGAAUGAUGAGAGGAGCAGAUUAUACCGGUGAGGAAGAACAUCAUAUAGUGCAUUCUUCUACUCCACAGAAUCAAUCCAAAAAGUUAAAACAAUUUGAAAAGCAUUUGAACUCUUUCAGAUGGUCAGACGCUUUAGAUAGUGCAUUCUCUCCAGGUGUUCCAAAGGAGAACACAAUAACAGUUCUCAAUGAAUUAAAGAAAAGAGGGAAAAUAAGAAUCUCUUUAUAUGGAAGAGAUGAGAUAUCCUUAUUGCCCAUUCUCCAAUGGCUCACAAAGAAUAUGGAAGAUGUUCGUUCUGUGAACUUAAUUUGCGACUAUAUUGGAGUCAUAUUGGAAAUGUAUGGUUCUUUGAUCGAGAAAAAUCCAGUGUUGGAAGAAUGCUUCCAAAACUUAUACAAACGGAUCAACAUAGAAGUUAGAAAAUGCAAGGAAGCCAAUGAGAUCAGUGGAAUGUUAGAGUUAUUGUCUUUAUAG